CAAGCGUAAACUAUGGCUGAGAAGGCAGAGGAUAGCAACGGCAUGCUCAUGGACGAGGUGGACCUGAAAGUAAGGUACCAGCAUGAAAGAUCUUGGCUUUCUGGAGGAAAGCUGGUGAUUUUUGGGCUCAUUGCAUUGGGAGUUUGUCUCAUCAUAAUCGGAGUCAUUCUACUCGCGCUGGCUCAUUUUGUGAACCGGGAAUGCAGUGGAAAGGGACCUGAGGUGCCUACAACAGGGCAACCCACUCAGCAAAUACCUAAGCGAUGCGAAUUUUCAGUGGAAGCCCAGAGAGUUGGCCUCGAUGAAUUUUUGAAGAAAGUGAGAUCAACAUACUUUCAGUUGCAUCCGUUUAGUAUUCCGUUCCAUCCAGACAUGACUACAGAUUUGUUAGCAGGUUCCGAGAGGAUCAAAAGAGACUAUGAGGCGUACGAUCCGACUCCAUCUGUGAUCAAAAAUCGCACCGAUGUGUCUUGGGCUUUGCUUGAAGAAAUUACGCGCAAAACCGAGCAUGUCAAAAUGAACGCCUUGUUGCCAAGAGAAAGGAAAUCCUUGGCGCAAGUGAAGCACUACCUUCAACACACGUUCGGUCAACCAUAUGAUGUAAACUAUUACGCCGGGGAUUGGAUGAUGGGACCGAAUUUAUUCUGCUGGCAACCUAUUUGCUAUCACGGGUACGACUUUUACAACGCCAUAAUUCACCAUAGACCCACCAACGAGGCAGACGUGAAACUUAUCAGAUCUAAGCUAGCGACGCACCAGAGAGGAAUUUUGCAGUACAUCGACAACAUGAAAAUGGGAGUUCGGAAAGGCAUGAUUCGAAGCAGGGAGGAAUGCGUCGCCGGCACAGAUUCACUGAAAAGGAAAUAUUUGAAUGUUUCCCUCUACAACGAGACAGGUAAGGAAUUUAUUGACAUGUAAGAUUGCAAUUUUACAAACACUUAAUUUGCGCAUCAGUAUCAAAUUUCAUGUUGGCGUGUGAAAAUGUUGUUUCAUUAACUUCACGAAACGACUCACGUAUUUCACGAUAUUGCCAAAAUCGUCAAUAUAAGUAAUAAGUAUUGCAUUGUUUCGCGUUAAGUUGAAAUCGUAAUACUCUCUCAGCCACUAAUACAAACUUUCCAUUCAUAGCUGUGUUCGCUUUAUUGAUCAUCAAAAGAACAAAUUUGCAUUUGCACACAAAGAAAUUAUGCAGAGUAUUGUAAACAAAUGGUAUAACUCAGCUAUAAUUAAAUGGUCGAUUACACAAUUCGUUUGAGCUGAGAGGUUGCGACAAAGCUUGAAUUAUCGAUGUUCCAAAGGUGGCUUGCUCAACACUUUGUCCAUCUUGUUGCAUGACUCGCAAUUUUAAGAAAUGUAUACUCUUGUUGCUGGGUCACGAUGGCACGUCUACCUUAAGAGGCAAAAGGCAACACUUGAUUUUCACUCAAAUGACUUGUCCUGAAAAUUAGAAGUUACCAAAUGAACGUUUAUUCAAGUUUUUCCUUGUUAGAUGAAUAUAGAUUGAUCGCAAUGAUCAGGAAAUUAAAAGUUAUAGACCACACGUCGAUUUGUCACGCGAGUAUGGAAUGGAUCGCAAAUCAAAGGUCAAAAUUUUGCCAUUUGAUUUUGAUAGUCGCUUUCGUGUAAUUAACUAUCUUGACAAGCUUGAUUGCUUGAUCCAUAACAUCUGUUCUCCCAAGAUUGUUUGAGUUUGGCUUCAGGUCAGAUAUGGCAUGUAGAGUUAAGCUGUUCGGUAUGCGUGGAGGUUGAUUAAGCAUCGCUUGCUAUGAUAAUCCUUGCCUUAGAACAACCUCGGAUCAUCCGUACGCUUGAAUGCCCCCUGAAAGCUCACAAACCAUUAACGACAUUUAGAUUGUUAUGUGGAAAUUAAAUGGAGGUGAUGAAUGAUAAGACCAAGUCUUAGUACUUCAGGCUAAACGAACUAUUGCCUUACAACAUUUCCUCUUUGUAACCUAAUAAUUGUUUUUAUUGAAAGAAUUCGUCUAUGAAACACCCACAGCGUAAAAGAAAAUUACAAAGGUGCAGUAUGUAGGUCAGAAAAUGAAAGCAAUCCUAAAACAAAGCCUUAGUCCCCAAGGUAGUCAGUUAUUUUACCAGCGUUUGCUUUUAAGAAAGGACUGUAUGCAUAAUGAAAGACAUGUUUGGGGUUAUACAGAAAUCUUGCCCAGAAUUCUUCAACCAUUGACAAGUCUAAAAUUUGUCAAUAUAUGCCCCCUGUCAUUGCAUCUGGCAGUAAUUAUAUGAGUAGCUCUCAUUACAACUGGCAAAUUUCCUUAUCAUUUGUAAUUUAGCUAUUAACUAGCCGAUUUUUACUUUUGAUUAAGGAUGAGCAAAUCUUGAUGUUGAAAAAAAAAGUCAGACAAAUAUUCCAUAUUUGUGUCUAUAUUUCCCACACCUAUUAAAGACCUGUGAGGGAUCAUCAGAGUAUAACAUUUGGAUUUUGUCCUUCAUUAGCAUUUUGUAAAUGAGAGGAUUGAAGUAGAAAUGAGGCCUUAGCCCUCUAACUCCCAGAAGUGAUUAACAUGUAACUUCUCCUUUUAAAAUUUAUACAUUAUCCAACAAACAGGUAAUGAGAAUACUCAAACUUAUCAGGUAGAUGUUAUUUUGAUCUAACACCAAAUUCUCCUAACUUAUUUACAAAGAAAUGUGAAGCCCCUAGAGAGGAGAAUUAACAGUGAGAUCUUGGGAGUUGAAGGGUAAAACAAUAAUUCCAACUAAAAUUUGUAAAUUCAAUAUCUCUUUUGUUUGUUCAGUAUGGUAUUUAGAGUGCUGAGGAUGAGGAAAAGUUUAUUGUGAACUUAAAUCUCUGCAAGGCCCACCUAUACUCACAGAAAUGCUUGCCUUCUUAGGUAUUUGGAAAGAGUGGUUUGUUGAACCUGCCAUUCAUCCUGAGUUCUACAGCUUAAUACCUGUGAAAGUGGACCAGGCGUGGAAGAAAGAGCAUGGCAAGAAUAUUAAUGAAACAAUUAAAGACUAUCUAUUGACUUAUCUUGGAAAACCCCUGCAUCAGCUUAUCUGGUACUUUUAUUGUAUGAUCUUUAUGGAGUAGGCUUUGUGGGUUUGGUAAGGGGACCUCUGAUUGAUAUAAGGGAACUCAGGUACAUAAAAUUGUAAAUGGAUAUCCAAAAGGCCUAUCUACAGGGGCAGCUUUUUGUACACUGCUUCUGUUCCAAGUAUGAAUUUUGGAGUGAUGAUUUUUGUAGAGAGAGUUUUUAUUGGCAAAUCUUAGAGUAAGGGUGAGAAACAGUAACAUGAAAACUUGGCCCACAUUUCACACCAGGUUUUGGAUUUAAGCAAGGGCCACAUAAGUAGGUAGGAAAGCACACAGAUUCCAAUAGUGUGGGCUUCUUGACUCUAAACAAUUUAUCAAAUUGGCAUGAUUGAAUCUGCUGUGACAGGCAAAUAUUCAAGAUCAUCUUUUGGUUUUCAAAAUAUCUCUUAUCUUAUCUCUCAGGUAUUUAGAAAAUGAAUACAUUCACUAUUGUGUACCAAGUAAUGUUUCGAGUGGAUUAGGAAGACUGCCGCUGAGUCAUGUUUGGUAUGAUGGUGUAGAAGACAAGAACAGGCCAACAGAUCCAACUUUGCCAACCGGUGAAAGUCUGAAUGGUCCCAAGGCAUAUAGCCUAAUCAUGCCAUACUUCACCACUAAUAAUAUGAAUGCUUCUGAUGUUCAUGACCUGGGAAAAAAGCAAUUAGAUAAACUGUAUCCAUUGGUGAGUACAACCCUUUUGAUUUUCAAAUUGAAUCUUCAUGUGUUAUUUUUGUGCUUUUAUGACAGUCAUGGAAAUGUAAGAAUUGUUAGAAAAAUUGAGAGAGGAAAGAGGACAUGCAGAGCAAUCUGCAACCAUCAAUUUUGGGUCACUUGUGAUGUUUUGUCAAAUUUAAUUCAUUUAGCGUGGCUUUUUUUGUCUGUACUAUUUCAUACAAACUUUUAAGCUUGAAUGUGAUCUUUGUCAUUGUAGUGUGCUUUUACUAAGUGCAUCUGUCUCAGAAAAAGCACAAACCUUCAAAACAAAAGGAGUCAAGAUCUGUCUGAGACAGGUAUUUGAUGAUAUCCUGAAACUAUUCAUUUUCCAUGCCUUGAAUGCAAAUGUUUUUUGUUAUUUUCCAGGUGGUAGAAAUAGCCAAAGAAAUGACAGGUACAAAUGAUAGUGAUUUGGCUGUGAAACUCUUCAGAGAGAGGCUUAACUCCACUGAAAGCUUUUUUAAUGAUGCACCAAUUCCAGCAAAUGAGUCAAACAAAGAGGCGCAUAAAAGAUGCAGCAAUCUUACUGGUGCAGAAAAGUAUUGCCCUAAACGGUGGGCUGCGAUGCAGUUAUGGUUCAAGGAAGCCAGACGGGUUGGUAAAUUUUGAAAAUGUUUAUGUGAAGAGGGGACUUGAAUGACUCAACCUUUGAGUGCAUCAUUGUACCUGUGAUCUGUAGACACCAAUCACUCAUAAGAUGUCAUUUUUGGGGAGGGUUGAAGAGUUGAACAUGAGUUGGAAACAAAGAUGAUGGCCAUCUUGGACUAUGCCUAAAAGGUUUGAUGGUUCAAUGUGUAGCACCCAAUGGGAUGGGAGGUUCCCAUUCAUCCACCCACUUACCAACCUCCUUCCCUGUGCUGCAGUGGAGCUACAAGUAUUAAUGUCUUACAUGACUGUCUAAGGGUCAACAUUGUGAACAAAGGUUCCUCUGUGGAAAAGACAAAAAAUCAAUUAUUUAACUUCCUGUGUUAGGUAAUGAGCAUGCUGGAUCCAAAAACUGUGGAUAUGUUCUACUUUACUGGUCCUAAACAUACCACACCCAACUGCCCUGUGGACCUCCUACCCGACCUCAACCCAUCUAGUGGAGCCCAAAGUUAUGAAAAUAGUGACCCGCAGUGUUCAAGGAAUGCCAUCUACAAUAUUCCAUUUUUCUUGGAAAAUCUGGGCCCAAGGUUCUCUGAAUGGAGUGUGAAUGCUCAUGAGGCAAGGCCUGGACAUCAUACACAGGUCAGGAAUGCAGAUAAUUUUUUCCAGUAACAAGGCAGGAUAUCAAUUAAGUGAAAGAAUUUUGAAUUAGAAGUUCUGUUUGGUUCUGAAAAAUAAGAUCAGGCCAUUGAGUUUUUUCAGGAUUUUGUGGGAGCUUAUUUCAAGAAGAUUGUGUGGUCAGAAGGAUAGCUUUUGCCUAAAAUUAUGGAUUAAAACCCCUUCCAGCCCCUUUUCCUUCCAAGCACUGAUUACUCCACCUUUUUAUUAAAAAAAAGCAAACUCGUUCCAAUUUUACUGUUCUUAAAGUGACUUGUAAUUAUACAGGAUGUCAUGAUUCACCGACAGCCACUUUACUUGUACAUUUGCAUGUAAAAAAGUUUUAUUACUUAAUUUUGGUACUCUUCCUACCCCUGUGAGAUGUCAAUCCGUGAAUCUGAGGCACCUACUUUAGGAAGAUGGUAAUGUGAAACUUUUUUCUCCAUUUUUGUUGAUUUUUUUUUCAUUAUCUUUUAGGUUCAGGGAACUAUUGAGCAUUUUCAAGAUGGCUGUAGUGAUGCCCUCACUUGGCUAGACACAGAGACAUAUUACACAGCCUUUACAGAGGGCUGGGCACUGUAUGCUGAGAAUCCGCUUAUAGCUGAGGACACAGACACAUAUGAUAAUGAGCCUAUGCAGAAGUUUGGCAUGUUAAAGUGGCAGGUAUGCUUGUGCUGCUGAUGGACGUGUUAAGUCUUGUUUCACUUGUCUUUACCUCAUACGAAAGAAAGCAAUAGGGACGUGAAAUGGAUGAGAAAAAAAAUUGAGGUGUCUCUCCCUUCACCGACCUGGACUGCUCAGCAUCACUGUUUUUAUUAUGACAUUCUUUUUCAGGCUCUUAAACCUUGCAAGAGAAUCUCAGACUCACUUCAUAUCACUCAAUCAACAUAGACUACAGCCUGUAUGUAUGGUAUGGAGCAGUUUUCUUUUAAGUGCUCCGUCCUGGGAUAUGAUUGGUAUUAAAAACUCACGUCACCCUCCUAGCCAAUCAAAUACAAACCAAAUCAUCGUUUUCUGUCUACCUUUUUUUCUUGCACUUUGUUUUUCACAUGUUGUCUUCAACCAGAUUUGGCGGGCCUUGCGAUUAAUCGUGGACACCGGACUCCACUAUUACCCUAACUUUACCAGAGAAGACGCACUUUGGUAUUUCGACAAAUUUGCUUGGGAUAACACGGACUUGGCGCAAAAGGAGGUGAGUUUUUUUCAUCACGCUAAGCAAGAAGUAAGCUCGAUUUUUCUCGAAUCUGGUCUUCAAUCCUCCUGAGGUACUGUUGAUAAUUUUCACCAAUAUUUGUCUAUUUAUUCGAGUCCUCCGAAGGACGUUUUGUUGCUAAGCAAGUGUCUCUAUAGGUUCUAUAACCAUUACGAUUCAUUGGUUUGGCAAAUAGCCUACGGACCCGGACCCUCUCCCUCCCUUCAAGGUGAAACGGAAGUUGCCCCGCUUCGGUUUCACCUUUUAGGGGGUGGUUACGGCUACACGUAAGCUAUUUAGCAAAGGGAGGGAGGCUACUGAAGAACGCUACAGUCUUAACUCUUCAUUGCUUGCGCACAUGUUUAAAAAAUCACGUGCGUGGUCUUUAGAAGAAGGGUUCGGAGCGGGUAUGAAAACAUGGAAUUAAAGUACUGAGUCGUGGUUAUCGCAUUUCACGAAUAGCCACUUCCAGGAAAUGUUAUCGCUUCUUCAAAGCCACUUAAAAGCAAAAUAGUCAUUUGAUUAUGGUAACUUUAUAAAAACAGCUGCAUAGGGUAAAAAAGGAAACACUUUUUAACAGAGGCUGGGGAAUAUUCAUUUUCUUUAAGAAUAAUUGCUUUUCUUUCUUUGUUUUUUCCCGCAGGUGACUCGGUACCAGAGCGACCCCGGACAAGCCACGGCUUACAUGAUCGGUCAGAUUGAUAUUAAAAGUUCCAGAGACUUUGCUAAAGAAAAGUUGCAGGGAAAUUUCUCUUUACGCGAUUUUCAUUACCAGGUGAAGAUUGAUUUGAGAGUCUUACAUGUAUGUAGUUACUUUUUUCUCAAUGCGUGAGCGGGCAGUAUUCCACAAAUCCUACCGCUUCGGGCGGUAUCCAAGACCUUGCGCACAGUUUUUCCCUAUACGGACUUUCCGGCUCGUGAAUGACAUAUACAUAUAUCUUUUACUGAAAGAUGUCAUUCAUUCGUAAACUUCGCUUUUUAACUAUGUUAAUAUGUUAAAAUGUACAGGAAAUGUUGUUUUCUCUCUUUGAAAAUUGGUCCUCAGAGGUAUAGUUACUCCUUUUCUCAGUGAUAGUACAUGAUUCCAAAAACAGGUGAUCGGAAUCGAACAAUUCAUCAUCUGGAAGUUCUUAUCUUAAUGUUAUACCAGUUUCUUUUGACUCACUUACCCCGAGAUGUAUAACUACCAGUUAAAUCCUCAUACGGAGAAGAAAUGGAAAAUGUGUCAUUAAUUAUUUUCUCACCCACAAACGUUAAACAUAUAACUCCUGUGAGCAACCAAGACUGAAUUUCUCCUUAAAACAUCGAUAGAAUAUCAAGCUGAUAAGUGAUGAGAAUAAACAAAAAUAUCAAUUAGGGUAUUAUUAGUUGAUCCAAUAUCAAAAUUUUCCAAAUCACACCCUGAGAAUUGUAUGGCAUCCUCACUUUUCCUAUUUUUUAGGUUCUAGCACAAGGGUCCUCACCACUCGCUUACCUUAAGGACCACAUCGAGAGGUACGUUGAUUGUGUGCAAGACAAUGCAAAGGAAGGGUGUGCCGUCAUCCUUAAUGCGCCAAAGAAGGCUACUGUUGCAAAGCGACGAGUAAAGGGUAGCCGCUGGCCAGUCAUACCACGACCGCAUCAACACUACUUAUAAACAAUUUAAUAUUCACAACAAAGAUGCUUUAAUAUCAGCGAAUUAUGAAAUUUUUCAUUUACAUAAGUUUACAUCACCUCCGGAUUUUAUGUUUUGUGUAUUUAUAGAAGUAGAUUGAAAUCAUGACGUCCUGAUAUUUAAAGCAUACGUUUUCUGACAAAAUCACGGUCUUUUACUCUGAUUUUAUAGAGAUGUUGCAAUUUCAUAACAUAUUGGUUCCUUGUGUAAGAUUCGACGUUUAUCCUUAGUUGUCUCUGCAGCCGCUUACAGAAUGUUUAUAGGGAUACUUGACAUUUCUGAGGUGUCUGAGCCUUUUAAGAAAGUGUUUGAGAUCCUACAACCGAAAUAUUGACUUUCCAAAUGUGCCCGCAUUUGGAGAACACUAGAUCCGCGGUAAGGCACAUUAGUAUUAAUUAAUUUGUUGUAAAAAUACAUUUUGCCCUUGACCAUACAACAGCGAGUCGUAUGCAAUAAUGCAUUUUAUAAAUCGUUUUAUGGAAAAAAAUUAAUCUUACAAUAUAAUAAGAUUCCUUUAAUCAGAUUUGAAAACCGAAUCCCUCACAUUAUUACAUGCUUCUCCGUGGGUAAAUAUAUGGGCUCAUAUAAGUCUGACGCGAAAAUGUGCUCAUAAUUUUGCAAGUCGUUCCAGAGAGUACUUAAAAGGCAAAAACAAAGAGUUAGGUUCCCAUCCCCACUUUGCAUCAUUUUUUGUACAAAGACUGACAUUGUGUUGGAAAUAAAGUCGGAAAAGUUGAGGAACAUCGCUAGUUGCCCCCAAGGACUGGUUGGGUUAUAUUUUAUAGGUGACGUGACGCGUGUUCAAGCACACACGAACACAAUUAUUUUGUGGAUUUUUAAUCCCUAAAAGGUGCAUCUCAUUUUUCCACUCCAUGUUCAUCAUUGUAGAUUGAAGUUGGUGUACAAUUUGUUUUUACAUCC